AUGGCUGUCAGCAAUGGUAGUGAUGAUGAUGAUGAUGUGAUUUUCUCUGGAAGUCUAUCCCCUGCUGCCUUGUACACAUGCUUCAGUAUUCGUCCAUACUGUCGUACUACCUUCGGGAAACUUAACAAUGUAUCCAUUGGCCCCCAGAUUGAUGCCAUAGGCAUUCGCCCGGAGAACGAGUCCGGUGUGCAGAUAGGCCCUGCACAACAGUCGAAUAUGAUGGUAGUCGAACGCGGGACUAUUUUCCCUUACAAGCGAUAUGGGCAGUUUAAUAUAGAUAAGAUAGUGAGCCAGGUCCCUCCAUGGCCAGUGGAAGCCUUUGUACAUAUCUUCGAUACUUCUGAAUGCGUGUGGGCUGUGACUGCUGAGGGACCUCCUUACUUUGAAGGACUGAUGCUGAGAUCUUGUCCGGUUGCCGUUCUGCUGGGAGAUGUUAAGAAGGUAGCGAUAUUCAAUGUCUCUGCGCCUAUUGACUUCCAAAGCAUCCUCUGCUCGCUGGGAGAUAUCCUUGUUAAGGGAAGAAGACCCAAGUCUGGAGGUGUGCUUGUCAAGGCUGGUCUUGGCUUUGCCAUUGGCGGCGAAUCACGCCCGCCGGAUGUGACAUCACGUGACACCGGCGACCUCCCGCCUUCGAUGCAAACCACUUCGCAGCGUCAAGGCGACUGUGUCUCAUCCCAACAAGCUGCCGGCGCCUUUGCUACGUCUUCAGACCUAUUUUCAAGUGCGCAUUGUCCACUCUCCUUCAGCGAGCUUGUCUCUGGGAGUUCAACCUGA